CGGGAGCGGUGGCGGCAGCCGUGGGAGGCCGCAGGCCUCAGGGACCGCAAUGGCUGCUACUGUGAACUUGGAACUCGAUCUCGUUUUUUUGAAAGCUUUGGGCUUCCUGCAUUCGAAGAGCAAGGAUUCGGCGGAGAAACUGAAAGCCCUCCUCGACGAGUCGUUGGCCAGGGGCAUCGAUUCGAGUUACCGCCCAGCACAGAAGGAAGUGGAACAGCCCAAAGUGUCCAUCAGUAAACCCAUUUCCCUUAAGCAGGAGCCGAAAACCUCCUCCGCCCUUCCUUCUGGCGGUAACAAUGGCAAACCCAGUACGGCCGAAAAGGCGAAGAAGGAAGUCGAGAAAAGGCCACCUGAGAAAAUCAAGAUCGACAUCAGUGAAGGAGUCGACAUUCCAAAGAAACCCAGAUUAGAGAAACCAGAGGUUCACUCCUCUCCUAUUACAGUCCAGACCAGCAAGGAUCUGUCCAUGCCUGAUUUAUCCAGUUUCGACGAGACCAGUGCCGAUGAUUUUGCCAUGGAGAUGGGAUUAGCCUGUGUUGUUUGCCGGCAAAUGACCGUGACGUCGGGCAAUCAGUUAGUGGAAUGUCAAGAGUGCCAUAAUCUUUACCACCAGGAUUGCCAUAAACCCCAAGUGACGGACAAGGAAGUGAACGAUCCCCGUCUCGUGUGGUAUUGCGCCCGCUGUACUCGGCAGAUGAAGAGGAUGGCUCAAAAGACCCAAAAGCCACCCCAGAAGCCAGCCCCUGCAGUGGUUUCGGUAGCCCCGGCCGUUAAAGAUCCACUGGUCAAGAAACCGGAAGGAAAACUCAAGCAGGAGACGACUUUUCUAGCAUUCAAGAGGACCGAAGUCAAGGCCUCAGCCGCGGUGUCGGGGGCCUCGUCCUGCACAAGCGUGUCCUCUUCGGCGGCCAGCGGCCUCACGGGAUGGGCCGCUUUCGCGGCCAAAACCUCCUCGGCGGGACCGUCGACGGCCAAACUGAGCGCCGCCACCCAGAGCAACGGUGGAAAGCCAGCCGCCCCCUCGGCUACCCAGAAGCCCGCGGGCUUGACCGGACUCGGGACUUCUUCUAAAGCCGGACUGAGUUCCAAGAUGGGUUCAAAUAACAGCAGCAGCGGCCCCUCCGGGCCGCUGAAGCCUCCCCCGCCCCUGACCUUAGGCAAAACGGGGCUGAGCCACUCAGUCAGUAGCGACGGCGUUGGCAAGGGCGGCCUUCCCAGUCCGAGCGGCUCCGGGCCGAGCGGCGCCAACCAGCCAGGCGGCGGGAACGGGAGCAGCGGAGGAGCGGGGGCCUCCGGGAGCGCCGCCGGCAAAGCCCCCGCGGACCCCGGCAACCCGUCUUCCUCGUCCCUGAAGGGCCCGACGUCCCAGGAGUCCCAGCUCAACGCUAUGAAGAGGUUACAGAUGGUCAAGAAGAAAGCCGCCCAAAAGAAGCUCAAGAAGUAGCAAAGGUUAAAUGUAUCCUUAGCUCGUUCCGUCACUUAACAGUGAGCUUUCUAAAAGGACACAGAGAAUGGAAAACAUUAUUUGAUUAAAAACUCUUAGGGCCUCUUA